CUGACCACUACGUCUCUCCCUCUCGAUUACUACGAGAUCCUCAACCUCUCCUUCACGACGACCCCCCUCUCUAAGCAAGAACUCAAGACCGCAUAUCACCGCGCCCUGCUCAAGCACCACCCGGACAAGGCUGCCGCCAGCGCCAGCGCGCCCACCCAAGAUGCGCCUUCAUGUUUUCUUGCCUCGCACACAGACAUUUCUGCGCAAACGAGACCCUACACGAUAGAUGAAAUCACCGCGGCAUACAAAAUUCUUUCUGACCCGGCUCUACGCGCUGAAUAUGAUCGUUCCUUGCGAUUAGAUCGCGCGCGGGCCGCGGGGCGGGAGAAGACUGGAGGCAAUGGGGUCCUAUUUCACACGGGACUGGAGGUGGUGGAUUUGGAGGACCUGGGCUGUGAAGAGGGCGAAGACGGCGGAGACAUUUGGUACAGGGGGUGUCGAUGUGGGGACGAUAGGGGCUUCCUUCUAACCGAAGCUGACUUGGAGAGGGAGGCGGAGAAUGGUGAGGUUGUGGUUGGGUGUAGGGGGUGUAGUUUGUGGAUGAAAGUUUUGUUUGCGGUGGAAGAUGAUGAUGGG